CGAGGCCAGCCAGCCAAACGGAGGUGGCCAAGCUGCCCAAGGCCUGAGAUGGGGGGACGGAUCACACGGAACACUCUCCACGACUCCGUCGGGGGCUCCUUCCCGGUCACCUCUCACCGAUGCCAUCACAAACAGAAGCCCUGUACUCCUGUGCUGUCAGCCGGGGGGCUCUCAGCCACACCGCUGCUCUUCCACCCACACACUAAGGGCUCCCAGAUCCUCAUGGACCUCAGCCACAAGGCCGUCAAGAGGCAGGCCAGCUUCUGCAACGCCAUCACCUUCAGUAACCGCCCGGUGCUCAUCUACGAGCAAGUCAGGCUGAAGAUCACCAAGAAGCAAAGCUGCUGGAGUGGAGCCCUGCGACUUGGCUUCACCAGCAAGGACCCUUCCCGCAUUCACCCCGACUCGCUGCCCAAGUACGCCUGCCCUGACCUGGUGUCUCAGAGUGGCUUCUGGGCCAAAGCUGUGCCUGAGGAGUUUGCCAACGAGGGCAACAUCAUUGCCUUCUGGGUGGACAAGAAGGGCCGCGUCUUCUACCGCAUCAAUGACUCAGCUGCCAUGCUUUUCUUCAAUGGGGUCCGGACAGCCGACCCGCUCUGGGCCCUGGUGGACGUCUACGGCCUCACGCGGGGUGUCCAGCUGCUAGACAGCGAGCUGGUGCUGCCCGACUGCCUGCGGCCGCGCUCCUUCACCGCGCUGCGGCGGCCGUCCCUGCGGUGCGAGGUGGACGAGGCGCGCCUGUCCGUGAGCCUGUGCGACCUCAAUGUGCCGGGAACCGACGGCGACGAUGGAGCACCGCCCGCCGGCUGCCCGAUCCCGCAGAACUCGCUCAACUCGCAACACAGCCGCGCGCUGCCGGCGCAGCUCGAAGGCGACCUGCGCUUCCACGCGCUGCGCGCCGGCUCGCACGUCCGCAUCCUGGACGAGCAGACGGUGGCGCGCCUGGAGCACGGGCGGGACGAGCGCGCGCUCGUCUUCACCAGCCGGCCGGUGCGAGUGGCCGAGAUCAUCUUCAUCAAGGUCACGCGCUCGGGCGGCGCCCGAGCCGGUGCGCUGUCCUUCGGGGUCACCACGUGCGACCCUGGCACUCUGCGGCCGGCCGACCUGCCCUUCAGCCCCGAGGCCCUAGUGGACCGCAAGGAGUUCUGGGCGGUGUGCCGCGUGCCCGGGCCUCUGCACAGCGGCGACAUCCUGGGCCUGGUGGUCAACGCCGAGGGAGAGCUGCACCUGAGUCACAACGGCGCGACUGCAGGCAUGCAGCUCUGUGUGGACGCUUCCCAGCCCCUCUGGAUGCUCUUCAGCCUCCAUGGCGCCAUCACGCAGGUCCGCAUCCUUGGCUCCACCAUCAUGGCUGAACGGGGUGGUCCAUCUACCCCCUGCUCAUCUGCCUCCACCCCAACCUCACCCAGUGCCCUGGACAGCCGCCUCUCUGACCCCCUGCCCAGCACCUGCAGUUCUGGGCCUCUGGGUGGCUCUGCUGGUGGGACAGCCCCCAACUCGCCCGUGAGCCUGCCCGAGUCACCAGUGACCCCAGGUAUGGGCCAGUGGAGCGAUGAGUGCACCAUUUGCUAUGAACAUGCAGUGGACACCGUCAUCUACACGUGUGGCCACAUGUGCCUCUGCUAUUCCUGUGGCCUGCGCCUCAAGAAGGCCCUGCACGCCUGCUGCCCCAUCUGCCGCCGCCCCAUCAAGGACAUCAUCAAGACUUACCGCAGCUCCUAGCCCUGCAGAACCCACCUGCACCCCACGUCCGCAGAUCAGCCCAGACCAGCUAAGGGUGAAGCCAGCAGGGCCCCUUUCUGCCACAUUUUGAAAAGUCCUCCUUUUCCAUUAAACAUGGGAAACCAA